AAUUAACACUCAUUUUGUCACUCAUUCGCUGUUUUACUAUUGAAACUCACAAUUCAUUUUGAUUUGUAAACAAUUGGAGACAAUUUGACGAUUACUACGAAAAACAGACACAAAAAUGGGUGAAUAAUACCUUAAGACAAUUGAUCACUAGUUGGCAACCAAUUAGUUGUGGUAAACAUGAAGAUCGACAGAACCAAAUCCAAGAAGAGUUCUUCCGAAGUGAUCGACAGAACCAAAUCCAAGAAGAGUUCUUCCGAAGUGCCGGCCGAUUGUAAAUCACUGAUCGAUAAGUUGAAGGCCUGUAAUGAAAAUGAAUUACUGGAAGAACUCAAGAAUAUUAAGUCUUGGAAUUGUGGAAAAUGUGAACUCUACCACUGGAUCGAUGUUCUCGACAUCUUUGACUCCAUUCUCGAGUCCUGUUGCCUACGGGUCGACGAAAACCAGUGGUCACUGCCUGUCGACGAACCCAAUAAUGAAAAGAAAAAAGAGCUUUUAAUGAAUAUCAUAAUGUUUACCGCUCUCCUCAUCGAACACUCCUUCUCCAGACAUCUCUACAAUUCAAUGGAGUAUUUAAUAACUCUAUUGUCAUCGCGAGACAUGCAGGUCGUACUCGCGGUACUCAACCUGUUGUAUGUCUUUAGCAAAAGAUCCAAUUUUAUAUCGAGAAUUAAUACCGAAAAACGACAGGCAUUGCUCACACGGCUUACAUAUCUGGCAGAGAAUUGGGGCGGAAAAGAGAAUGGCUUUGGUUUAGCCGAAUGUUGUCAGGACUUAGCCAUGUCUUCAUUUCCAGUGAGUGCCACAACUCUUCACUUCGAGUACUUCAGUGAAGACACGACCAAUAAGAAGCCGAACGCAUUGAAUGUGAUUCAUGUCGAUAACAUCGACCAAAUGGACAAAUCAUUGGCACAGGUUAUGGAAGAGAUGAUCGAAACAUUUAAAGUUCCGACCGAUAAACAGAUG